UGCAUCGACCAAGCCAUCAUCGGCUCAUAGACCUUUCUCCACCUGCACCGCUCGACGACAUGGUCGCCGGUUGCUGCAACUUGGAGCUGACGUUCGGCGUCAGUGUCCACCGGAUGUGGAAGGCGGCCGCCUGCGAGGACCACGUCAUGUACCCCAAAAUCGUUCCCGAGUACUUCGCGAGCGUGGAACUCAUCGGAGACGGUGAAGCCGGCAGCACAAAGAUCUUCCGCUUCACUCCAGCUGCGAAGCCGCUGAGCUUCGUGAAGGAUCAUGUGGAAGUGCUGGAUCAUGCAAGCCACACGCUGAGGUACAAGACGAUCGAAGGAGGCUACGUCGGGCUGACGCUCAAGUCGAUCACCUUCGAGUACAGAUAUGAAGCGUUGAGCGAUGACGCCUGCGCCGUGAAGAUAAAGAUGGAGUACGACACGCUCGACGACAAGCCGGUCGGCGGCGAGGAGGUGGAGAAGAUGAAGGAAGGCACCGCAAGACUGUUGAAGGCGGUGGAGGGUUACCUCUUAGCCAACCCUGGUGCUUGUGCCUAAGUCUUGUGUUGUUGACGACUUGGUGGUCGACUGCGGAGUAAUAAUGACGUGAUGGUGCCUCAGAGAGAGAGAGAGAGAGAGAUGGCGUUGUUGCGGUCAUCAUC